CCGGCAGCCCCUCAAUAAGCCACAUUGUUGCACGAAACUCUAGCGCUGGACUCCCGGGCCGCCGCUAGCAACGCCGAGUCACCAAGCCCAGAAGAUCUGCGGGCGAGAGCAGCGCGCGCGUGAGCGGGAGAGUUCCGAUCACCCCCCGUGGAACCGGGUUGAGAUUCUUCCCAAGUUGAGCCCUAGGGAUCCUGUGGCUGAAGUUAGCGCCUUGACAGCGGGGCAACCCGACACGUCGCCGGGAGUGAUUUUUUGGGAGCCUCCUAGCAGUGACUUCCCAAACCUGAUCUUAGAGACCGGAGACCCUUCCGCCGGCGGGCCAUCGCUGUUAGCCUUCUUUGCGGGCCGCCCGGAUUCACCGCUCCGGGUCCCACCGAAGCUGUCUGACCGCACCGCCCUCCUUCCCCACAAGCGCUCCAGUCUCGGUUUCCCAUCUCGGCGCCGUCGGGCCGUGGCAAAAUGAUCGCCUCGCAUCUGCUCGCUUACUUCUUUACGGAGCUCAACCAUGACCAAGUGCAGAAGGUUGACCAGUAUCUCUAUCACAUGCGUCUUUCUGAUGAGACCCUUCUGGAGAUCUCUAAGCGGUUUCGCAAGGAGAUGGAGAAAGGGCUUGGAGCUACCACCCACCCCACUGCUUCAGUGAAAAUGCUGCCCACCUUUGUGAGGUCUACUCCAGACGGGACAGAACAUGGAGAGUUCCUGGCUCUGGACCUUGGAGGGACCAACUUUCGCGUGCUUCGGGUGAGAGUGACGGACAACGGGCUCCAGAAGGUGGAGAUGGAGAACCAGAUCUACGCCAUCCCCGAGGACAUCAUGCGCGGCAGCGGCACGCAGCUGUUCGACCACAUUGCCGAAUGCCUGGCCAAUUUCAUGGAUAAGCUACAGAUCAAAGACAAGAAGCUCCCCUUGGGCUUUACGUUCUCAUUCCCUUGCAUCCAAACGAAACUAGAUGAGAGUUUCCUGGUCUCAUGGACCAAGGGGUUCAAGUCCAGUGGUGUGGAAGGCAAAGAUGUGGUUACUCUGAUCCGGAAGGCCAUCCAGAGGAGAGGGGACUUUGAUAUUGAUAUUGUGGCUGUGGUGAAUGACACAGUUGGGACCAUGAUGACCUGUGGUUAUGAUGACCAGAACUGCGAGAUUGGUCUCAUUGUGGGCACGGGCAGCAAUGCCUGCUACAUGGAAGAGAUGCGCCAUAUUGACAUGGUAGAAGGCGAUGAGGGGCGGAUGUGCAUCAACAUGGAAUGGGGGGCCUUUGGGGACGACGGCGUGCUCGAUGACAUCCGUACUGAGUUUGACCAGGAGAUCGACAUGGGCUCCCUGAACCCUGGGAAGCAACUAUUUGAGAAGAUGAUCAGUGGGAUGUACAUGGGGGAACUGGUGAGGCUUAUCCUGGUGAAGAUGGCCAAGGAGGAGCUGCUUUUCAGGGGGAAGCUCAGCCCUGAACUCCUCGCCAAAGGCCGCUUUGAGACCAAAGAUGUUUCAGAUAUUGAAGGGGAGAAGGACGGUAUCCGGAAGGCUCACGAGGUCCUGGUGCGGCUGGGCAUAGAGCCGACACAGGAGGACUGCGUGGCCACUCACCGCAUCUGCCAGAUCGUGUCCACGCGCUCAGCCAGCCUGUGCGCGGCCACCCUGGCGGCUGUGCUGCGGCGCAUCAAGGAGAACAAGAGCGAGGAGCGCCUGCGUUCCACCAUUGGGGUCGACGGCUCCGUCUACAAGAAACACCCCCAUUUCGCUAAGCGUCUUCACAAGACGGUGCGGCGCCUGGUGCCUGACUGCGACGUCCGCUUCCUCCGCUCCGAGGAUGGCAGUGGCAAGGGGGCAGCCAUGGUGACAGCAGUGGCCUACCGGCUGGCCGACCAACACCGGGCCCGGCAGAAGACCUUGGAGUCUCUGAAGCUGAGCCGGGAGCAGCUGCUGGAAGUCAAGAAGAGGAUGAAGCUAGAAAUGGAGCGAGGUCUGAGCAAGGAGACUCAUGCCGUUGCCCCGGUCAAGAUGCUGCCCACCUAUGUGUGCGCCACCCCUGAUGGCACAGAGAAAGGUGAUUUCCUGGCCUUGGACCUUGGGGGUACCAAUUUCCGGGUCCUGCUGGUGCGUGUGCGGAACGGGAAGCGGCGCGGAGUGGAGAUGCACAACAAGAUCUACGCCAUCCCGCAGGAGGUCAUGCACGGCACGGGGGACGAGCUCUUUGACCAUAUCGUCCAGUGCAUCGCCGACUUCCUUGAGUACAUGGGCAUGAAGGGCGUGUCCCUGCCCUUGGGCUUCACCUUCUCUUUCCCCUGCCAGCAGAACAGCCUGGAUGAGAGCAUCCUCCUCAAGUGGACGAAAGGUUUCAAGGCAUCUGGCUGCGAGGGUGAGGACGUGGUCACCCUGCUGAAGGAAGCCAUCCACCGGCGAGAGGAGUUUGACCUGGACGUGGUGGCCGUGGUGAAUGACACAGUGGGGACUAUGAUGACCUGUGGCUAUGAAGACCCUCAGUGUGAAGUUGGCCUCAUUGUUGGCACGGGCAGCAAUGCCUGCUACAUGGAGGAAAUGCGGAACGUGGAGCUGGUGGAUGGGGGAGAUCACAACAGUAUAUUAUGUCACCCGCAUCGCAGGUUUGAGAAAAUGAUCAGUGGCAUGUACUUGGGCGAGAUUGUCCGCAACAUCCUCAUUGACUUCACCAAGCGUGGGCUGCUCUUCCGUGGCCGCAUCUCAGAGCGACUCAAGACAAGGGGAAUCUUUGAAACCAAGUUCCUGUCUCAGAUUGAGAGUGACUGCCUGGCCCUGCUGCAGGUCCGAGCCAUCCUGCACCACUUGGGGCUCGAGAGCACCUGUGACGACAGCAUCAUCGUCAAGGAGGUGUGCACCGUCGUGGCGCGGCGGGCAGCCCAGCUCUGUGGCGCAGGCAUGGCCGCCGUGGUGGACAAGAUACGAGAAAACCGUGGGCUGGACACUCUGAAAGUGACAGUGGGUGUGGACGGAACCCUCUACAAGCUCCAUCCUCACUUUGCCAAAGUCAUGCAUGCGACAGUGAAGGACCUGGCUCCGAGGUGUGACGUGUCCUUCCUGGAGUCGGAGGACGGCAGCGGGAAGGGGGCGGCCCUCAUCACCGCGGUGGCCUGUCGCAUCCGCGAGGCUGGACAGCGGUAGAGUCCCCGGAAUCUCGGCAGGGACUUCCUCUGGUCCCCAUCUCCCCUGCUUUAAAUUGAGAUGCCAUCCCCUGUGUCAGAGACAGACUCCUAGCUCGUCCUUGGCAGAGGGGACCCUGCCAGCCUGCGUUUUGUCUCCGUGUGUCCUCACUGUAGAGCUUGGUGCCCACACCUCGGCCCUCCUAAGAAUAAUGCCAUUGGAAGUACAGAUUUGUUCACAUUAGUCACAACCAUUCCCCUUGGUUCUCUUAAAACUUAGAACAAAUUUUAACCUUUAGAUACACGCUCCCCUCUCCCCCCACCACCAGCCAACUUCCAGGUCCCUGUACAAUCCUGCAGGGUGGGGACACUAAUGAAAAAAUACUGCUGCUUCACCUUGAACCCUGGCUGCUUCACCUUGGACCCCGAACAUGGUAUUUCUAGGUGGAGAACAUCCCCCAGCACGGAGGUUGGCACUGUUUCUCAGAGACCUGGGAGGUCUCCACUAACUUGAGCCUGGUUCUCCCACUGGCAGAACAUGGGGGAGGGGAGGGGCGCCAUGGAGGGAAGUCCUGGAUGGCCAUGCGAAAGCCCCUCUUCAGCCUCAUCCGCAAGCAUGCCCUGGUGGGUGGCUGUUCCUGGAAUCGGAGCGUCCUGAGUCUGAGCGUGCAAUACCGAAGCCACGAGCUGACACGUCGUGCGCAUGGACUUGUCGCAUCUCCUUGUGGGGUCACCGGUCAUCCAUGGGCAAUGGACCUUGAGGGGAGGGUGGGGGACUUCUUGGUCUGUUUUUAAAAAACGUUUCCUACCGAAGUGUAAACACUGUAUUUUCGUUUUAACUUAUGUUUGAAAUUUAUUUAGUUCUACAAAGCACAUGUGCUUCCUCAUCUGGAUACUGGAUGUAAUGAUCGGUUGUAUGUAUGUAUUUAUAUGUUAGUUUGCCAUGUAUAUAGAUACACGGGUCUCCUCAGACCUGGCCUGCUAGUAGAUGGGUAGUUAAAGGAUGGAAAGAGAAGAUGCUGAUUGGUUAGUAGAAAUACCUCAUUCGCCUAUGGGAAGAGAAGGGAAGCUCUUCAUGGUGAGUGAAUGGCCAAGCAACUCCCUCCCGGUUCCUCCUUCUCCUGCAGACUCUGGAAUGUGGAAAGCAAGGGAGAGAGUGAGGGAGGCUGGGCCUGUGGGUUGAAGAAAUCCCAGCCCUAGCUGCUCUGUAGGAACUUUCCUGGGGCAAUAUUACCCGGAUGUUAACCAAAGGACUCAGACUCAUUGCUUCGGAACCUUUACUCUUAAGGCAUUCGGUAGACUUUAAAAGCUCUCUAACAAGACAAGAGAAGCCACCAAAAACACUUUUAAAGACAAUUGUGCCUGACAGUUGAUAACAAACCAAAAUAAUGAAACAAUGGAAUGAAGCCUCGGGGACAGCACUUUGGAGAGUGGUGUCCUAGCAAAAUUGGGUUUGUAAGUGUUUUAUAAGGAACGUGUGGAGGGUUUCUUUAGCCGGAGCUGUUUUUACACAGUAUUUAUUCCAAAUUGCUGGGGGAAGCAGUCUGAAACCUUUCAUACGCUCCUCUCCAGGAGUGAAGGUAAUUCUGAAUCCUUAAGCCCACUUCAUCCCUAAAAUAUGAGCCCCACACACAUUGAGCCUGAAUACUGAAUUAUAAAGAAGGAAUGGCCUUGCAAACACUGCGGACUAGGACACAAGGUCAGGACAGAAAGAUGGAAGAGACAAGUUUCAACGGCACCCAAUUCUUGCACAUUUAUCAAAUUUGUAUUAAGAACAGUGUCUAGGUUUGUGUGUCACUAAAGGAUGCCCAAGAAAUAGAGAUGAACUUUAACCUUUAAACUGGACAGUUAGACUUCUUCUAGGAAAGUGCUCAUUUUUUAAAGGUCGAGCUGUGUGUGGCUAUGAAAGAUGUGUGGUGGGCUUCCAAAAAGGAACACUGGCAAGUGCGCUUUGUGUGUCUGUGUUCCCACAGCUAGGUGACCGUUCCUUGCUGAUGCUGCUCUGCCUGAUGUAAAUACAGGGACUCUCAAUCUUGGACUGGGAUGUGAAUAGCAGAUCGUCUCAAAUCCUCGAGCACUCGGUCUAGUGAAGAUGUUGUUGCGUACCAUAAAGAAUUAGUUGCAUUAACAAUGUGACGUUAAGUAUUAUUAAUAAAUGUUAACAUUUUUCAAAAUA